UAUUUAUUGCUUUGUUUUCUUCAUUUUACUCCGGCAUUACCUUUGAAUGGGAGUUCAAAACUUCAGUUUCUGGAGAAGAAACGCAUUGUUCAAGUUUUGAAUUUCUUCCUGUCCAACUAUGGCUUCUUCUUCUUCUUUCUUCAAUGAUUCUGAAAAAAAAUACGAUGUGUUCAUCAGUUUCAGCGGCAAGGACGUUAGACGAGGUUUUCUGAGUCAUCUAGUAAAGGAACUACGUCGGGAGAAAAUUAUGGCUUAUGUAGAUGAAAAAAUGAAAAGCGGAGAACAAAUAUCAUCCUCGCUUCGGCGAGCAAUUCAAAACCCGCAAAUCUCAAUCGUCAUAUUCUCAAAAAACUACGCCUCUUCAAGCUGGUGUUUGGAUGAGCUGGAAGAAAUCAUGAAAAUGAAGGAACAAAUUGUUUUAGCCGUUUUUUAUUACUUUGAUCCCUCAAAUGUACAGCUCCAGCAAGGCGCUUACAAGAGGGCAUUCGCUAAACAUGAAUUGAAGUUCCAAGGAAACGGCUUGAAGGUUCAAAAUUGGAGAUCAGCCUUGAAGAAUGCUGCUGAGCGAUCUGGCUAUAAUACGUCCCAUUAUCGGCUACCUAAUUUAGACCUUGAAAUACAUUUCUUCUUGUUUCGUGGAGCCAGAGCAUGUUUUGCAUCAGAAUAUUUAGCUGGUAAUUUCCUAAUAUGAAUUGCAACAGUUUCAUUCUAGAUCCUAAAAG